AUGCUCUUUUAAAAAUAUUACAGCCAUGUGUGAAUAUGACUCUCUAUCGCCCUCUUAAGGAGUAAGGAGAGUUUUCCCAUGAUGAUGCAAACAUCCUGGUUCUGAGGACGUUCGGCAUCCCUGGUCGCUUUCAGUGACUGGCCACACCCUUAGGAGGAUGACGUCUCAUAAAAAUACUGCAUUGUGCACUUUGCUAAAUGCCCGGGGAUGUUCCGAAAUCGGUAGCAUGUGCCACAGCUCGCCGAAAAUGCUUCCUCCGACAUCCCUGGAGCAACUCCCCGGCUAGAGCCAGCAGUCAGCGUUCCCCUCGGCAUCUAGGAUCAUGCUUUUAAGGUGGGCCAGAAAAUGUAGCUGAGGAUCCGAGAGGCCGAGAAUCCUGAGACCCCUGAAUCGUCGCAGGUCCCCGUGGGGAGGUGGUUGGGGCCCGAGGGCAUCGCUGCUGGAUCGCCGCCUCACCUCACCAUGUCCAAGAAGGCGCCAGGGAGCCGGUCCAAGGGAGAGCGGCCCGACGCCCUGGCAGCUCUGCAGGCCGCCAACGAAGAGCUGAGGGCCAAACUGACCGACAUCCAAAUCGAGCUGCAGCAGGAGAAGAGCAAGGUGAGCAAGCUGGAGCGCGAGAAGUCGCAGGAGGUGCGGCACGAGCAGAACAAGUCGACGGUGGUGGUGACGGAGCUGCGGGCCAAGCUGCACGAGGAGAAGCUCAAGGAGCUGCACGGCGUGCGCGAGACGCUGCUGCGCCAGCACGAGCAGGAGCUGGUGCGCGUCAUCAAGAUCAAGGACGGCGAGAUCCAGCGGCUCCAGGGCCUGGUGGCGGCGCUGCGCGACGGCCCCGCCGACAAGCUCCGCUCGGCGCUGGCGGCCGAGGUGCGCGAGGAGGCGCGGCGCGGCUUCGAGGGCGAGCGCGGACGCCUGCAGCAGGAGAUCGUGGAGCUGAAGGGCGCCAAGCGGCAGAUGGAGGAGGCGCUCAGCACCGCCCUGCAUGCCGACAAGACCAAGGCGGCCGAGAUCCGCAGCGUCUACCACCUCCACCAGGAGGAGAUCAACCGCAUCAAGAGGGAGUGCGAGAAGGAGAUCCGCCGCCUGAUGGAUGAGUUAAAGGUAAAGGACAGAGCAGUGGCGGGGCUGGAGCGGGAGCUGGGCGUGCAGACGGGCGUGGCCCAGCGUCUGGCCCUGCUCAGGGAGGAGCGGCCCCCCGCCGGCCCCCGGCCAGAGCCCCCUUACUCAAGUAGUGCAGGAGACUCCCCCGAGCCCUCGGCCGGCCCCGGACAGCAGCUGGACGAGAAGGACGCCCGCCGCUUCCAGCUGAAGAUCGCCGAGCUGAGCGCCAUCAUCCGCAAGCUGGAGGACCGCAAUGCCCUGCUGUCCGAGGAGCGCAACGAGCUGCUCAAGCGCCUGCGGGAAGCUGAGAGCCAGUUUAUGCCUCUAUUGGAUAAGAACAAGCGCCUGAGCCGUAAGAAUGAGGAGCUGGCCCACGCCUUCAGACGGAUGGAGAACAAGCUGCGUUUUGUCACCCAGGAGAACAUCGAGAUGAGGGAGAAGGCAGGGACCAUCCGCAGGCCCAGCUCCCUUAACGACCUGGACCAGAGUCAGGAGGAGCGGGAGAUCGAGUUCCUACGGCUACAGGUGCUGGAGCAGCAGAACAUCAUAGAUGACCUGUCCAAGGCCCUGGAAACGGCAGGAUACGUGAAAACUGUCAUAGAGAGGGACAUGCUGCUGAGGUACAGGAGACAAGAUUCAUCUCGACGGAAGAAGUCCAUCAAGCCCUGCAAGCAGCCCGUCAUAGAGACGUUCUUCGGCUAUGAUGAAGAGGCGUCCCUGGACUCGGACGGCUCGUCCAUCUCCUACCACACUGACCGCACACCCUGCACACCGGACGACGACCUGGAGGAGGGCAUGGUAAGAGAGGAGACCGAGCUGAGGUUUCGUCAGCUGACUAUGGAGUACCAGGCGCUGCAGCGGGCCUAUGCUCUUCUCCAGGAGCAGGUCGGGGGCACCUUUGAUGCUGAGAAGGAGGUCAAGACACGAGAACAAAUGGAAGCUGAACUCAUGCGCUAUCAAAGCCGAGUCCAAGACCUGGAGUGUGUUUUAAGUCAGCAAGGCCAGGAUAUGAAAUGGAUUGAGGAGAAGCAGGCGCUCUAUCAAAGGAAUCAAGUCCUUGUCGAAAAGAUAAAGCAAAUGGAAUCAGAGGAGCAUCGUUUCAGAAAUGAGAUUCAAGACAUUAAAGACCAAAAUGAACUUUUAGAGUUCCGUAUUCUUGAACUCGAGGAGAGAGAGAGGAGGUCUCCUGCCAUAAACUUCCAUAACAUCUACUUCAGUGAGGGAGUGAGCCCACUGCAGGUCUACUGUGAGGCAGAGGGAGUCUCGGACAUAGUCAUUUCCGAGCUGAUGAAAAAGCUGGAUAUUCUGGGGGAUAACGCCGUAAGUACCCUUUCCAAUGAAGAGCAAGUGGUGGUCAUUCAUGCCAGGACUGUUCUCACUCUGGCUGAGAAGUGGCUAGAGCAAAUUGAGGUGACCAAAUCCGCUUUAACACAGAAAAUGCUGGACAUUGAGAGUGAGAAGGACCUCUUCAGCAAACAGAAAGGCUAUUUGGAUGAGGAGCUGGACUACAGAAAGCAGUCAGUGGACCAUGCCCAUAGGCGUAUCCUGGAGCUGGAGGCCAUGCUGUUUGACGCGCUGCAGCAGGAGGCGGGGGCCAAGGUGUCGGAGCUGCUGUCGGAGGAGGAGCGCGCCGCGCUGCAGAGGGCCGUGGAGCAGUGGAGGAGGCAGGUGCUGAGUGAGCUGCGCGAGAGGGACGCACAGAUACUGCGCGAGAGGAUGGAGCUGGUGCACCACGCACAGCAGAGAAUAAAGGAGCUGGAGGAGUGGAUAGAAGCACAGAAACGACAGAUAAAGGAAUUAGAAGAAAAGGUCUCCAGGCUGCUUUGUCUGUUUGUUCUGUCUGAUGGAAGGACCGCAGCUGAGAGCUUCACCCUGAUGUGGAGUACAAUGUUGUAUGUUGUUGGACUGAGACCCAAACAGACACUGAGGACAUGAUCCUGGUUACAUGGAGAACUACAGCUACUGAACUAUGGUGCUCAUUAAGGGACAAAAGAGAAGGCCCCCUUUUUUUAACUGGGAAGAGCUUUGUCUGUCCAGCGUGUCGGAUUUGGUGCAUGUGGAAUUUAAGGACUCUUAAAUUGAAGCACUCCCUCUUUCUCUUUCCCUGCUAAGCAGGUGGUGCUGGUGGCUGCUUCCCAGUGGAAGCCUGAGAAAACGGAGAGGUGUUACCAUGGCAACCCUGCCCCCACUGUUUACAUGAUGUAAUGAGGGCCCUAUGACAGGCGCAGUGCACCUCGGCCACAGCCAAUCUCUGAGGAGCUCGCCGCCGCCAGUUCUUCUAUUGCAACUACCGAGAUGGACACUCUAAAGCCAAACUGUGGAACUGAACCUGUCCUUUGUUCUUUUCUUAUUUGAAGGGAUGGGAAAAAACACAUCUCUCAGAGGAGAAGCUGAAAUCCUGAAAAGACAAUGUUUUUCUCUUUUUUUGUUUGUUCUAGUUUUUCCUUUCUCUAGUUUUUUAAAAACUCUGUAUCCCUCACUCUCUCUCUCACACACUCUCUCAGUGGCUGGAGGGAAUGAAGUAAAAGCUCCUUUGACCUUUCCUACAGUGUGUGUGUGUGCGCAGGUCUGUUUACCUCAGAUACACGGUGCUGGUCAGACCCUGGCAAGAGAUGCCUUGACAGGUGUGUGUAGGUGGA